GUGGAUCUUGCUCGUGUCUCCCUGAGCCGGCACACACAGCACUGAGCGUUCUAGCUUCUCCGUUGUUUCUGUGCCAGCAGGCUGCUCCCAGGCUCCCCACCACGGGGCGUCAGUCUGCAGCAUUUGCAGCUCUCAGGGACCGGGACGAACGCCUUUCUUCAGGCUCGGAGAGGAGAGCACGGGACUGACACACAGGUUAUAUCGCUGAAGACUAUUGCCAAGACAAACAGAAGCUGAAACAGGGUGCUGCUUUUAGACAUUAACCAAAACUUCAUCCUGAAAAACAACUUUUCAACAUUGCAAGCAAGAUUUUAAGAAGAGUGGAACUAAAGAACACUUUCAUAUUCUACUUGAUCACAUCGCUGUAGUUCAUCGGAGCAAUUGUGGAAGGAGCAGAAGGUAUAUCAGGACCAGACGAGCCCCAGCUGAACAGCGGGAUUUUCAGUGGAUUCUUUUCAACACCAAAUAAAGGGCUUGACUCCAAAAUCGGUGCCAAGAGCUGAAUGAGUUACUGGUGGACUCUACAAUUAAUAAGAAGGCUUUCAUGUCUCAGAAUGAUAACCAAGCAAUAAGGAACAUAUCCAUAGUUGAAAGGACUGAAAGGCAACAAACAGAAUCAGCAGAAACAAUGGCUACAGCAGCGGAUGCUCUUGGGAGUAUAGCUAUCGAUGCUACGCACCUCACUAUGUCAGUCACAGACCCCACAGCUUGGGCCACAGCAAUGAACAACCUUGGGAUGGUUCCUGUAGGACUUGCUGGACAACAGCUCAUAUCAGAUUCAAUCUGUGUGCCGGGCUUUGAUCCAAGCUUAAGCAUGAUGACUGGUAUAACUCAGAUCAAUCCAAUGAUGGCAGGAAUGGGCCUUUUGCCCCCACCACCAACUCAGUUACCUAUUGUCAAAGAGAUUAUCCACUGCAAAAGCUGCACCCUAUUCCCGCCCAACCCCAAUUUGCCUCCACCCUCGACAAGAGAGAGGCCACCGGGCUGUAAAACUGUGUUUGUUGGAGGACUUCCUGAAAAUGCAACAGAGGAGAUUAUUCAAGAAUUGUUUGAGCAAUGUGGUGAUAUUACAGCUAUUCGCAAAAGCAAGAAGAAUUUUUGUCACAUUCGAUUUUCUGAAGAAUUUAUGGUUGAUAAAGCCAUUUACCUCUCUGGCUAUCGAAUGAGGCUUGGAUCCAGCACAGACAAAAAGGACUCAGGCCGCCUUCAUGUUGAUUUUGCUCAAGCAAGGGAUGACUUUUAUGAGUGGGAAUGCAAGCAGAGAAUGCUUGCCAGAGAAGAACGGCAUAGACGCAAGUUAGCGGUAGACCAGCUGAGACCUCCGUCACCUCCAGCUAUUAUGCAUUAUUCAGAACAUGAAGCCGCAAUGCUUGCUGAGAAACUUAAAGAUGAUAACAAAUUUUGUGAAGCCAUCACUGUGCUUCUCACUUGGAUUGAGCGAGGAGAAGUAAACAGGCGAUCAGCAAAUCAAUUCUAUUCCAUGAUCCAGUCUGCAAACAGUCAGGUACGGCGACUUAUGAAUGAGAAGGCAGCUGAUGAAGAAACAAUGGAACAAGCCAAGGAGACCUUUAAAACAGCACUUUUUGGAAUUCUCACUCAAUUUGAGCAGAUUGUGGCCGUUUUCAACGCUUCCACCAGACAAAAAGCAUGGGACCAUUUCUCGAAAGCUCAACGCAAGAAUAUUGACAUUUGGCGAAAGCACUGUGAGGACUUACGAAAUGCACAAAGUGAGCAGCUUAUGGGAAUCCGCCGGGAAGAGGAAAUGGAAAUGUCUGAUGAUGACAGCAGUGACAUCCCAAAUAAAAAAGCUCGACUGGAUGAAUCCGCUGCUCAGGCCUAUGCGCUGAAAGAAGAAAACGACAGCCUCCGAUGGCAGCUAGAUGCAUACAGGAAUGAAGUAGACCUUCUGAAGCAAGAGAAAGGACAUUAUGGCCGAACAGAAGAAAGUGUAACUAAGGACCAGCAGCUGCAGUUUUUACAGCAAACUAUGCAAACGAUGCAACAGCAAUUAGCCGCAAUGCAGGAAGAGUUAAACAAAAAAAAGAGUGAGCUGGAGCAAGCCAAGGAAGAGCAAACACAUGCACAUGCGCUGGUCAGCGUUCUCAAAGAACAGCUCAAAAGUGCCAAAGAAGUUACAGAUGUCACCAACCAGGAAUACCUUAGCAAAGAAAACGGCAUGGUCAGUGUUGCUGUAUACAACCAUGAUAAAGAAAAAGAUGCUGAAAAACAAAGACAAUCUCUCAAGUCAGAAAAAGAAGCCAUGCUAAUAGGUAUCAUAUCUACAUUUCUCAAUGUCCAUCCCUUUGGAGCCAAUACGGAAUACUUAUGGUCUUAUCUGCAACAGCUGGACUCAACGAUAUCGGCAAAUGAUAUCGAAAAGCUGCUGACAAAGUUGCCUCGUAUGUUCAAACAAGAAUUCACAGGCGUCGGCGCCACACUGGAAAAGAGAUGGAAGUUCUGUGCCUUUGAAGGAAUCAAGACAACUUGACAGGGAACUGCAGAGACUUUCCCCAGAGGUGCUGCUGCUGCACGGCUCAUGUACGGAGUCUCACAGACAUAAUGGACACGUGGCAGGGAAGCUGAAGUCUAACUGUACUUACUACAUCCGUGAUGUGCUCUCGUGAGUGGCAAUGUCAUUGUGAGGCAGUCCUUGCGAUUUUCUUGCGGAAUUGUGAUAGACCUUUGUACUGUUAAAAGAAAUCCGGCAAAGGUUUUGCUUUGAUUAUAGGUAGUUUUUUGGAAAUGUGUUUUAUCUGUUAUUGAUCAGUAGGAGAGACGUAGGCAAAGGGACAGGCGCUUUCUGGAAAUCAAUCUAAACAGACUACUAGAUUAGCCCAAAAGAUAAAUAUGGCAUUGCUUCCACUUCUCCCAGUAAUUCUUCUAAUAGUAGAAGUCAUCAAUCAUUUUCUAAAACUGAUCCAGGGGAUAAGGGAUAAGUUACGCAGAAGGUACUUGCAUCAUUUAAUAUCGUAUAUCAAGUUCUUACCAAUAACAUCCCCGGUGUAUUUUUCCAUUCUCCACAUUAUCUCCUUCAGGCUAUCAUUUAGAUAAGUCUACAUAACGUGAUAGCAGCUAUUGUAUUUCUUACAUCUCACACAAGUUUAGCAGCUUCUUUCUUGGGGGGGGGGAAAGAAAACAGGCAAUGUCCAGAGAUGAAUGUGCAGGCUAUGGAGGAAAUUCCGCAUGCAAACGCGACUCAUAUAAAAGUCUAAAUGGAUAUUUGUUAAUAAUAAUAUAAAUAAAGAGGAAGUUGAGAGUAUCACAUCAACAACUGUAAAUGUAUGUUCCUGAUGUAAAUAUUGAUUUAAGCUACUGUUGGUUUACAGUGUUGUUAUGUAAUAUAUUCAUAUAGAUGCAUUUAAAUAUCCCUCUGCAUUAUCAGAUUUUAUAAAAAAAACCUUUUCUGCAAUAAAUAUGAUUGCAUACUCUG